AUGCCAAGCGAUACACCUCAGACUGCCGCGCUGCGGUCGCGGCUCGUCCGCAUCGCCACCAUAGCCAUGCUUUCUUGGACUGUAGCCACCAACGCUGCGCCAGCAUCCACAGACCGACCGGGCUACCUCCCGCCAGAUCCCGCAGUCGAUUCGUCAACAUCAACGCUCACUCAGCAGAAAUGGAUCGGGCUCACGCUGGCCAUCAGCAGCUCGCUCGCCAUCGGCACCAGUUUCAUCAUCACCAAAAAGGGCCUCAUGGACGCAGCAGACAGGCACAACGGCUUGGCAUCCGACGGUCACACCUACCUUCAGAAUCCCAUCUGGUGGGCCGGCAUGGCGACGAUGAUCGUCGGCGAGGUCGCCAACUUUGCCGCCUACACCUUUGCUCCUCCCAUCCUCGUCACUCCUCUCGGUGCACUCAGUGUACUCAUCGGCGCCAUCCUCGCUUCCUUCAUCCUCAAAGAGGAGCUCGGUCGGCUUGGAAAGGUCGGCUGCACGCUCUGCCUCGUCGGUACCGUCAUCAUCGUCGUCAACGCCCCGGAAGAUAAGGAGAUCCAAACCAUCGACGAAAUGCUCAAUUACGCGCUUCAGCCUGGCUUCCUCUUCUACUGCGUCUUUGUCCUCGGCUUUUCGCUCUUCAUGAUCUUCCGCAUGGUGCCCAAGUACGGUCGCAAGACACCGCUGGUCUACAUCUCGAUCUGCAGCUUGGUCGGCUCCAUCUCGGUCAUGAGCGUCAAGGGCCUCGGUGUCGCCCUCAAGCUCACCUUUGCGGGCAAUAACCAGUUCAGCCAUCCUUCCACCUAUUGCUUUGCGAUCGUCGUCAUCGUCUGUAUCUUGACGCAGAUGAACUACUUCAACAAGGCGCUCGAUCAGUUCUCUACCAACGUCGUCAACCCCAUCUACUAUGUCUUCUUCACCACCUCCACCAUCCUCGCAUCCGUGCUUCUCUUCCAGGGCUUCAACACCACCACCGCCCCCGCAGUCUCUCUGCUUGGCGGCUUCAUCGUCAUCUUCACCGGCGUCUACCUGCUCAACCUCAAUCGCAUCAUCGACCCCGUCACACAACAGCCGCGCAUGUCGCUCGUCACGGGCGAAGGAACCUCGCGCCUGUCCGAGCAGCACGAGCGUCUGCUCGAUCAGCAGCGCGCCAUGAGCAGCUUCGCCAAUGGCAGGUCCAGUCUCAGCGGUCCUGCAGGACGAAGCGCCGCCCUGUACGGCCACAACAGGAGAGGCAGCGCCGGGUCCUCGGUCAUCUUCAAUGCAUACGAGAACGAAGAGGCGCUUGGCAUGGCGCGGCUCGAUGAGGACGAGUACGAGGACGACAUUCGCGACACGUCGCCCAUGAUCCGUCAGGGCAAGCCACGUACCAACGGUCAUAGGUCUUCCGUAGAGGCAACAGCGAGAGCAAAUCGUCAGCUCAAGCGACAAAGCCUCCUCGACGAUUCAAGUCCGUCGUACGAGAACGGCAAGUGA